AUGUUGAACGAGUGGCGUGGUCCAACCAUAUCGGUUCGUGCUCUCACGAGUUACGAAAUUUCUGAUGACCUCUGUCGUCGGCAACUUCAGGUGCUGGAGCGUCAGUAUGGUGGCCGUCUACGCGCUCAUACAGCUGCCACACGAAUACAGCGAGCAUUCCGUCAUUCUUGUUUGCUGAAACAGUGGAAACAUUUGGUAUUACCCAUUCAAAAUAGUGUAGUGUGCUCCAAAAGUGAUAGCAGUCAGGGAUGUAAUGAUGUUCGGAAACAUGAUACAUCUUCUUCGACAGAUAUACCUAAUGCUCAAGCAUGUCUCUAUCGACCUUCUGCUGCACCAAUUAGGCCAAAGAAUCCUUCUCCACGCAUUGCUAUAUCGAUACCUGAACGAGGCUGUAAAGUACCAUUGGCGGUUGGAGAAAGUGUUGGAAACACCAAAUUUAACAACAACGCAUCUCAUCGUUCUGCUGUGGAGUGUUUGUCACCUCGACUUUCUCAAAGAAG